GGCGGGGCAGGAGGGCAGCGCCGGGCUCCGCGGCCGCCUUGCCCCGUUUGCGGCGGGUGGCGCGGCCUGGGCAGCGGGCUUCCCGCCCCGGACGGCCUCCAAGGACGCGGCGGCUGCUGGCGUGCGCUCCGGCGGUGGCAGGAAGCCCGGCCGCCUGCUGGGGAGCCCGUUGGCUGGCUGGUUCUCGUCCUGGCCGCGUCUAGCGGGGAGUAUCUGCGGCCCGUUUCCCCCUCCGAGCCGGGCGGAGGACGGGCGGCGCCUGGGGGCGGCACUUGGAGGCUCGGCUCGACCGUACCGGCGGGCAGAAGCAACGAGCGCGGCGCCGCCGCUGCCGCCCUUCGCCUGGAUGGUUCUCGCCGCUCGAGCUCCGUAGGCCGAUUGGGAGCCGUUCCGGCUAGGCUGGAAAGUGCAGCGGCGCUCCAGCUGCGGCCUCCUCCCGGCCCGAUUCUGAACCCUCAUUUAUCGGUCUUGCUGUGGAGGCUUUCCCAGCAGCUGCACAGCGACAGCCUCCCUCGGCGGCGGCUGUUAGGGGGCCGUGGAGGCUCAACGCUUCCAACCUAAAGGCCGAGAGUUAAUGCUUGUGGCUGAGGGUUUUUUCCCCUAAUUUUCGUCGGUCCCUGCCUGGGCCCUGGGCUUUCCUUGAGUUUCCUACUUAGUUUCCAGAUGACAGAGGGGAUCUGCCUUGAUGGGGCUUAAAACCAAAGGGAGUACUUCUCCCCCAAGGCAAACACAGAAAAAUAGCACAGAGCUCUCUGUACUGGUCAUGGGAACCCUACACCCAGGCAGGGAAGGAAGAAAAUUCUGCUCCAGGAACACCCUGACCUGCCCCAUCCAGAGCCCCCACAGCCAACUGUACAUUGAAUUCUUUCAGAGAAGUCUGUAGGAAGCCAAUCAUACCCGGCUGAGUGAGAUGAACAAAUUGGACCUUUCCCUCUUAGCGCUACUGCCCACAGCAGCACAGCCGGUUGCUGGAGAAGCUAACCGCCCCCCCCCCCAUCUCUUGGAUUUCCUAUUGUGGCAUCCAGUUGAGGUUUUGCUCUGAUGUGGCUGGGCUGAUCCUUUUCCUUGAAAGCUUUCCCCCCUUUCUUUCCUAAGCAUAGCCUGUGGAGUUCCCAAGGCUAAGCCUACAAGGGAGAAUAGCAUUGCUAUGACAGGCAAGCUGGGGGGUAGAGGAGAGAGUUCUGAAAGCUCACACUGGGGGGGGGGGGAGAAGAAGUGGAGGCAGACUCUGCCUGCUGGUGCAGACUGACUGGGCAUUGUGGCAGCCUAGGGACCGGUGGGCAAUAGCAGGGGUGGAAGGAUGCUGAGGCUGCAACUAGCCACAGGCCCUAGGAGAGAGAAACAGGCAGAGGCGUAGUUUCUCACUUGCAGGAGGAUUUCCUACUUUAGUUGGUAUGAAGGCAUGAGGCUAGACAGCAAGUCCCCUGAAGGGGGGGGGGAACCUGCAGAAAGAGAAAGGAUGGGGCAUUGCAUAGGCGAAAGUCAGGCCUGCCAGAGCACUGAGGAACGGAGGGGAGCAACAGAAAGGCAGAUUCUGCCUCAACGUGAGGACAGGAGAGGGUGUCUGGUUGGGGAGGGCUGUACUUGGCUUGCUUCGGAGUCCUGACUCCAGCAGGCACAGGGCAGGGUUUUGGGCAUCCUGCAGGGUCUUCUGGCACCAUGGAGGAGGAUUCAACCAAAAGGUGUCUCUAGUGAGAUGGCUGGGCCAACAACUGGAAUUCAGUCCUUCCUGUUUUUGUCCUCCAGCAGAGGACUGCAGACAGUGGGGGGGGGGAGGCGUUGGGAGGGGGAAGCCCUAGAGCUUCUGGGCCAGAACUAUGUAAUAAGAAUAUGGAGCCGACUGGGGCCAUCGUGCCCCUCAUACUGUGAGUCCCUUCUUCCUGCAAGGGAUCACCUAGCGUCUGUCAGUGCCCCUCACCUUCUGCCCUCUUUGACUUUUUAACAGAAAAUAUUUAUUUUUAAUUGAAACGAAGUCAGGCUUAAAUUGGAGCUUCCCCCAUGGCAUUUUUUCUGAUGGGGGAAAGUGCCCAGAAACCCUUUUGCAAGAGUGCCACAGGAGCCCCCCUCUCCAGAAAGCCUGUGCUUGUGUGAUGGGUGGGUGCACCCAUGGCUAGAGACAGCUGGUCUCACCCUCUUGUGCGUUCCCAUGCAGCACUUUAGAAAUGUGUAUUUCUAAAUAAAACACAGAGAACAGCCUGUUCUUGCAAGGGGAAAGCUGCAGGUCCAGGGUGUGUGUGAAUGGGCCUUCUAUGUGGGAGGGGUCUGCAUGGAUGACAAGGUCUCCAUCGUUUUGUUUUUGUAGACAGAAACACCAAGGAGGAGGAGGGCAGCACUUUUUGGCACUUCUCCCGCAGAGCUGAAACAAAUGCACUGCUGUGGCUCAGAUGCAGCCAGGCUGCUGGCUCCUGUAGGCUCUCCUGAAAAAAUAUGAAGCUGUGGGAAGAACCUAAAGCCUCAACUGGAUUUUCUGGUUCUGGCCAAAGUGGGAACUUCCCAGUUCUGAGGACUGUCUCAUCCCAGGGCUGCUGCUCCUGCCUGGAAGGAAGAGGGCGGCACCACCCCAGCCUGGAGCCCCACUGGGAGCAGGCAGCUGCAUCAAUCCCCAGCCCAUCAAAGGGACUUGAGUGCAAAUUCAGACCCAUCUCAUUGCUGUCUUUGCUUCCUACCAUGUUCCCUCUUGGCUUGGUGCCUAUUUGCAGAGGCUAGUUCUAGGCCAAUGGUUCCCACCCACUCCCAGCGGAGAAGGUUCAGCCAGGAAGAAGAAGCUUUCUCAACUUUUCCAUCGUCAGGGUGAGGGGAAAUAUAGGACAGGCAGAGAGGUUAGGGAGCAAUCAGAGCUGGAGGAGGCCCUCUCCCCUCAGUGGGUGUGUGGCCUAUGGGAGAGGUAACCUAAGAAGAUCUGCAGCAAAUCAAAAUGGAGUCUGGCUUUGUGGUUUCCAUUCAUGGCUUUUUUUCUGCCUUUGGUCAUGCCCUGCCUGGUUGGAAAUGGUGCUGUGGGUCAAGGAUUUUUGUCUGAAAUGGUGUGGGGUUUCCUGCCUGAGCAGGGGUUGGACUAGAAGACCUCCAAGGUCCUAUCCAACUCUAUUGUUGUUGUUAUCAUCAUCUGGAAAGGAGGAGAGCUGAGGAAGGCGGGGGGGGGGGAUCGCCUCAGAUGCAGCGGGCAUAGCUUGGAAUAGAGAUCAGCCUGAUGUUUGGAACCCUGGAGGUGAGAACGCCCAGCUGUCCCUGAGCCAGGGAUCUAGGCAUGGAGGGGUGUGGAGUAGACCAGUGGAAGGUAGCUGGCUGGUUGUAUGUGCCAGAAAAAUCUCCUGACCCAGCCUUGCCCUGCUUGCUGGAAGGGCCCCAUGAGGGCAGGAUCCCUCUGAGAAGGGAGGCGGUCUCGUCCUCUGACCAGCCCGGCUUCCUUUCAUUCCCUAGAACAGACAGGCUGCUUGGGUUGCUUCUUUCUUUUGGUGGGAAACUCCUGGCCCGGAAGAGGAUGGAAAUGGCCAAAGGCAGCUGUGGUGAUGGGUGGCUGUGGACAGCAUGUCCCCUUUGCUCCUGGACUUCUCUGUCCAGACAGGCUUCUUCAGCCUUGCCUCUGUAAGUCCCAAAAUGUCUUUGUGGGAGACGGGGCGAAGAGAGGCUGCCUAGGGAAUGGUCCGAGAAGAGGCAGCAGAGCCCACAGCUGGAAAGCGGGCAGGGCGAGAGGCUCAGGAGGGACCCUGCCUAGUUUCUCAGGCUGCGAGGGAGAUGGCGGGAGAAUUGUACUUUCAGACUUGCAAAAUUCUGUUAGUGUAGCUUUGCGAAUAAAGUAGAAUGACCUUAACUGGUUGUGUUUUCUGUCUGCUCUGGCCGAUGAAGCUGAUUCCUCAACCCAGAGGACUUGGGAGGCCCCCUGGCCACCAGGUGUCUGCCAGGGGCUUGGAAGGGCUGUUUCUCACGGUCAGGUCUGUGCAGGUGUGGGAUCAUUUUGCUAGUUAUGCAAACCCAGCUUAGCUUCAAGCCAAGUGGAGCCUCAGCUGCUGAAUGUAGGCUUGUUCCCAGUGGCCCCUGGAUCUCAAGAGGCCAAGCGGCCCCAUGCCCAGGUGGCUGGAGGGUGGCAGGAUGGGUCCCAGGCCAGACCUUCCAGUCGAGGGGGAAGAGAGUCUGUGCUUGUGGCCUUGGCCUUUGCUUUGCUUGCCCCUAAACUCUGCCCCCUCUAGGCUGGGCUUCUGAAGAGGGAAGAUGGCUGAGGGCCUCCGGGACAGCUCCAGCAGCUUGCAGAGGAAGAAGCCUCCUUGGCUGAAACUGGACAUUCCAGUGGCCCCGCUCUUGGCUACAGCAGAGGAACCAGCCUCGCUCCAGCCCUUGAAGCGCCAGGCCUUCUUCCGAAGUGUCAGCAUGCCUGCGGAGAACAGCCUCUUUCCUGCUGCCUACAGCGAGGCACGGCGGCCUAUCCUGCAGCGACAGACGUCCAUCACCCAGACCAUCCGGAGACAGGUACACUUUGAGAGGACUCAGACCCUGCCCAUUCGGGGGCAUCAGGUGGGCAGGAAGCCCCUGAGAAAGCGCCACUCGCUGCCCAGAACACUGUUCAGGAGCACAGCAGACUGGUUUGGGGUCAGUAAGGAGAGCGAUGCCCCUCAGAAGUGGCAACGGAAGAGCUUGCGCCACUGCAGCCUGCGCUACGGAAAGCUGAAGCCACAGGCCCUCCGCGAAAUGGACCUUCCGAGCCAGGACAACAUAUCUCUGGCCAGCACAGAGACCCCCCCGCCACUCUAUCUGCCCCCUUGCCCGCCUGGCAUGCAGAGAAUAAUCGACCCCCUGGCCCGUGGACGGGCCUUCCGAGUGGCCGAGGAUUGCGACGGCUGCAGUGUGCCCCCCACCCCAGCCACGCCCGGAGCCGCCUCACUGUGCUCCUUCACCAGCUCACGCUCUGGCUUUGGUCGGUGGCCUCGGCGGCGGAAGAGGGAGUCAGUGGCUAAGAUGAGCUUCAGAGCAGCAGCAGCGCUAGUGAAGGGCCGUUCUGUGAGAGAUGGCACCCUGCGCAGGACGCGACAGCGCAGCUUCACUCCGGCCAGCUUCCUGGAGGAAGACUUCACCGUGGAGUUCCCAGAUGAGCUGGACACUUCCUUCUUUGCCAGGGAAGGGGUCCUGCCGGAGGAGCCGUCCAUAUAUCCUGAUGAAGUUUUUGAGACCCCCUCUGAAGCAGCCCUCAGGGUCCCCGAGGCGAAGAUGCUGCAGGUUCAGCCAGCCCUCACAGGGGGGGCUCUGGACCGGAGCGAGCUAGAGAGAAGCCACCUGCUCCUCCCCCUGGAGCGUGGCUGGCGGAAACAGAAAGAGGGGGUUUCAGUGCAACCAAAGGUCCGUCUGCGGCAAGAGGUGGUCAGCUUAGGCCUCCAGCGGCGUGGCCAGCGCAUCACCGUUCCUGUCCGCAAACUCUUUUCCAAAGAGAAGCGUCCCUACGGCUUAGGCAUGGUGGGCCGGCUGACCAACCGGACGUACCGCAAGCGCAUCGAUAGUUUUGUGAAGCAGCAGAUUGAGGACAUGGAUGACCACCGGCCGUUCUUCACCUACUGGGUCACCUUCGUGCAUUCACUCAUCACCAUCCUGGCUGUCUCCAUCUACGGGAUUGCUCCUGUGGGGUUUUCGCAGCAUGAGACGGUGGACUCGGUCCUGAGAAAUCGGGGGAUAUAUGAGAACGUGAAAUACGUCCAGCAAGAGAAUUUCUGGAUAGGGCCCAGCUCGGAAGCUCUCAUCCAUCUGGGAGCAAAGUUCGCCCCUUGCAUGCGACAGGACCAGCAGGUGCACAGUUUCAUCCGCGCAGCCCGUGAGAAAGAGAAACACUCUGCCUGCUGUGUGCGCAACGACAAGUCAGGCUGUGUGCAGACGGCCGAGGAGGAGUGUUCCUCCACUUUGGCCGUGUGGGUGAAGUGGCCAAGUCACCCGAGCACUCCUUUGCUGGCAGGGGACAGGAGGAAGUUUGGCUCUGUGUGUCACCAAGACCCCAGGGUGUGUGAGCAGCCAGCAUCCAUGGACCCUCAUGAGUGGCCUGAUGACAUCACCAAAUGGCCUAUCUGCACCAACAACAGUGCUGGGAACCACACCAACCACCUGCACAUGGACUGUGUGAUCACCGGGCGGCCCUGCUGUAUCGGCACCAAGGGAAGGUGUGAGAUCACCUCACGGGAAUACUGCACCUUCAUGCAUGGUUACUUCCAUGAAGAGGCCACACUUUGCUCCCAGGUGCACUGCAUGGAUGACGUCUGCGGCCUCCUCCCCUUCCUGAACCCCGAAGUGCCAGAUCAGGUCUACCGCCUGUGGCUGUCGCUGUUCCUUCAUGCAGGGAUCCUGCACUGCCUUGUGUCUGUAUGCUUCCAGAUGACCAUCUUGCGUGACUUGGAGAAGCUGGCUGGCUGGCACCGCAUUUCCCUGAUCUACUUAUUUAGCGGCAUCACAGGGAACCUGGCCAGCGCUAUUUUCCUCCCCUACCGGGCUGAGGUUGGCCCAGCAGGCUCCCAGUUUGGCAUCUUGGCCUGCCUCUUUGUGGAGCUUUUCCAGAGUUGGCAGAUCCUGGCUCGACCCUGGAGGGCCUUCUUCAAACUACUGGUGAUCGUGCUGUUCCUGUUUGCCUUCGGCCUCCUUCCCUGGAUAGAUAACUUUGCUCACAUCUGCGGCUUUAUCAGUGGCUUCUUCCUGUCCUUCGCCUUCCUCCCAUACAUCAGCUUUGGCAAAUUUGACCUGUACCGAAAGCGGUGUCAGAUCAUUAUUUUCCAGUUGGUCUUCGUGGGGCUCCUCUCCGGACUGGUGGUGCUGUUUUACUUCUACCCCAUUCGCUGCCAGUGGUGUGAGGUCCUCACCUGCCUUCCCUUCACUGACAAUUUCUGCGAGAAAUAUGGCCUGGAUGCCCAGCUCCACUGAGCGGACAGGGGCGCCCUCGUUGGCUGCCUUGGGCAAAGCUGGCCUGGUGCUACUUGCCAGACUGCCAGCCAACUUAAAAUUCCGCUCAUCCCUGUGCUGCGUUAUCUUGGAGACUGGAACUUUUUCAGCACACAGAAAGUUGGUGCCUUGUUCAAUUUUACUGAACCUUUUUUGUUCCCACAUUUUUAUUAUGCUAGUUUCACAGUGACCCUUUUCAUGAGAUUUGUUAUUACCCUGGUGGUGAUUAAAAAUUAAGGUAGCGUUUUAGCUACAUUUCCAUUAA